AUGUGGGAGGGAGGCGUCGAGCACGGGAGCCAGCAGGAGGCCACGCAUCAGCUGCUCCCGUGGCUCGGCGCGGCGCCGUUCUCCGAGCCGGCGGCGGUGGCGGGCCUCGGCGCCGCCAUGGGGGCUUACGCCUGCGACGGCGUCGGCGGGCUCGGGCUCGGACAUGGAGGGGUGUUCGGCUUCGGUUUCGAUGCGGUGCAGCAGCAGCAGCGCGCGGCGGAGGGGAGCGGGAAGGCGGUCGUGUCGGGGCUGCUGGGCAGCCUUCAGGCGGAGCUGGGGCGGAUGACGGCACGGGAGAUGAUGGACGCCCCGCUGGCGGCCUCGCGGAGCCACAGCGAGGCCGAGCGCCGCCGCCGGCAGCGGAUCAACGGCCACCUCGCCAGGCUCAGAAGCCUUCUCCCCAACACCACCAAGACGGACAAAGCGUCGCUGCUGGCCGAGGUGCUCGACCACGUGAACGAGCUGAAGCGCCAGACCUCGGCGAUGAUGAUGGCCACCACCGUCGGGGGCGACGACGGAGGUGCUGCUGGGCGGGCGCAGCAGCUGCUGCCGACGGAGGCCGACGAACUGUCCGUGGACGCGGGGGCCGACGGCGCCGGGCGGCUCGUGGUGCACGCGUCGCUCUGCUGCGAGGAUCGCCCGGACCUCAUCCCGGACAUCGUGCGGGCGCUCGCCGCUCUCGGGAUGCGCGCGCACCGGGCGGAGAUCACCACGCUCGGCGGGCGCGUCCGGAGCUUGCUCCUCAUCACUGCCGACAGCAGGGGAGCGGACCAGCAGGGCGAGGAGGAGGAGGAUGGGCAUCGGCCGCCUAACGCCCCCGUGCACGGCGACGGCGAGCGCACUGCCUCGCACCGGAGGCACGAGUGCAUUGCGUCGGUCCAGGAGGCCCUGCGCGGCGUCAUGGACCGCAGGACGGCGAGCAGCGACACGUCGUCUUCUGGUGGUGGUGGCGGGAGCAUCAAGAGGCAGCGCAUGAACUACGGCGCGCAGGAGCAGUGUUCGGUGUAG